UUUGUGUUUUACAGUGAACAGAGUAUCUGUCAGGCAAGAGCUGCUGUGAUGGUUUACGAUGAUGCCAAUAAGAAGUGGGUGCCAGCUGGUGGCUCAACUGGGUUCAGCAGAGUGCAUAUAUAUCACCACACAGGCAACAACACCUUCAGAGUGGUGGGCAGGAAGAUCCAAGACCAUCAGGUCGUGAUAAAUUGUGCCAUUCCUAAAGGGCUGAAGUACAAUCAAGCUACACAGACUUUCCACCAAUGGCGGGAUGCUAGACAGGUGUAUGGUCUCAACUUUGGCAGCAAAGAGGAUGCCAAUGUCUUCGCAAGUGCCAUGAUGCAUGCCUUAGAAGUGUUAAAUUCACAGGAAGCAGCCCAGAGCAAGGUUACUGCUACCCAGGACAGCACUAAUUUGCGAUGUAUUUUCUGUGGGCCAACAUUGCCUAGACAAAAUUCACAGCUACCUGCUCAAGUUCAAAAUGGCCCGUCCCAAGAAGAGUUGGAAAUCCAGAGAAGGCAGCUGCAAGAACAGCAGCGACAGAAGGAGCUGGAGAGGGAAAGAAUGGAGAGAGAAAGAAUGGAGAGGGAGAGGUUGGAGAGAGAACGACUAGAGAGAGAGAGGCUAGAGAGAGAGCGCCUGGAACAAGAGCAGCUGGAGCGCGAGCGCCUGGAGCGGGAGCACAUGGAGCGGCUGGAGCGCGAGCGCGAGCGGGAGCGGCUGGAGCGGGAGCGCCUGGAGCAGCUGGAGCGGGAGCAAGCCGAGUGGGAGCGCGAGCGCAGACUGUCCAAUGCUGCUCCAUCUUCAGACAGCUCCCUGUAUAGUGCUCCACCUCCUGAGUAUUCCAGUUGCCAGCCUCCUCCAGCACCUCCUCCAUCAUAUGCUAACGUCAUCUCAGCUCCAGUGUCAGACGCCACACCUGAUUACGCUCUAGCGACUGCUUUGCCACCUACUUCCACACCCCCCACACCACCACUGCGACACUCAGCGACACGUUUUGCAACAUCUCUAGGUUCAGCCUUCCACCCUGUUCUUCCCCAUUACGCUACAGUUCCUCGUCCUCUGAACAAAAACUCUCGACCUUCUUCUCCUGUGAACACACCCUCUUCUCAGCCUCCAGCUGCGAAGUCCUGUGCCUGGUCUACUUCCAAUUUCUCGCCCCUCCCUCCAUCUCCUCCGAUAAUGAUUAGUAGCCCCCCUGGCAAAGCUACUGGCCCAAGGCCAGUCCUCCCGGUUUGUGUCUCCUCUCCUGUGCCCCAAAUGCCUCCGUCACCAACAGCACCCAAUGGGCUGCUGGACUCUGUAACAUACCCAGUGUCUCCACCGCCUACCUCAGGGCCAGCAGCGCCACCUCCACCACCGCCGCCACCACCACCACCACCGCCGCCGCCGCUGCCUCCCCUGGCCUCACUCUCACACUGUGGAUCACAGGCUUCUCCUCCUCCAGGCACCCCUCUUGCCUCAACUCCCUCAUCCAAGCCCAGUGUUCUCCCUUCUCCCUCUGCAGCUGCCCCUGCCUCUGUGGAGACCCCUCUAAAUCCUGAGCUGGGAGACUCCUCUGCUUCCGAGCCAGGCUUGCAGGCAGCCUCUCAGCCGGCCGAGACGCCAACCCCGCAGGGUAAGGCUUCACUCCCACUGCAGACUCCUAGUCACUUCAGAGCAGUGUAUAGCAACAGUGACUGCCUAGAAGAAUGGAUCAGAGGUUUUGAUAACUCUGGACCCGCCGUGUCCGAAGACAGUCGCCCUUUAACUGGACUGGCAGCUGCAAUUGCGGGAGCAAAGCUUAGGAAAGUGUCUCGGGUGGAGGAUGGCUCUUUCCCAAGUGGAGGGAGUACUGUGGGUGUGAACUUGGCCUCGUCGAAAACAGAUGCUGGUCGUGGGAAUGGACCCCUUCCUCUAGGGGGCAGUGGCUUAAUGGAAGAAAUGAGUGCUCUGCUGGCCAGGAGGAGAAGAAUUGCUGAAAAAGGUUCAACAGUAGAAGCAGAACAAAAAGAAGACAGAAGUGAAGAUGCAGAGCCUGUAACUUCUAAGGCCUCGUCAACAAGUACACCUGAACCAACCAGAAAACCCUGGGAAAGAACAAACACGAUGAAUGGCAGUAAGUCACCUGUCAUCUCCAGACGGGAUUCUCCAAGGAAAAAUCAGAUUGUUUUUGACAACAGGUCCUAUGAUUCAUUACACAGACCCAAAUCUACACCUUCAUCACAGCCCAGUGCCAAUGGAGUCCAGACAGAAGGACUUGACUAUGACAGACUGAAGCAGGACAUUUUAGAAGAAAUGAGAAAAGAACUAGCGAAGCUGAAGGAGGAGCUUAUUGAUGCAAUCAGGCAGGAGUUGAGCAAGCCGAACACUGCAUAGAGAAGCAAACUGAGGAGAGACAAGACUUGAAUCUGGAGAAAAACAAAAAUUCCUACAAACAACUCUUAACAACCCCCUACGAUUUUUAAGCUGUAAGAAGAAAAUGGACACACAGUCAGGAGGGAAAAAGCACCAACCUCAGAAAGCCUUCAGACACAGCGACUCUGGCAAUCAGCCACUCCCUCCCUCCCGGUGGUGUGCUGCUCUUGACCUGACCUUUACCCCAGGAUGAAGAACUAUGUCUGAGUUCCCUAGCAGUACUAAACCCGCCAGGCAAGAAAUAUUUUCAUGUCUAGAUGAAACUGCACGUUUUCCACAACCCAUUGCUAAAAUAAAGAAGAAAAAGGCUUAGGAGGUUUUUUCAGAGGGCGCUAAUGAUGAAGAAUUUAGCAAGUUCGGCUGUUGCAUUGUAAACGUUUCUCUCAGGUUUGUCUUCCUGUCAUUUGAUAUUCCGUGAAUAGCUAAGAUCAUAAAAUAUGGAACAGAUGGAAUUGUUUGUGCUUUCAAAGGGUGGUAUUUAUAAGAAAGGUCCUAAAAUGUUUAGUCCCAUUUGAGGAAUUUUAGAAUGAUAGGAAGUCUUUCGGGUUAGCCUUCAUGCAAUUUUGUAGUUUAAAACAAAAUCCGUCCGGAAUUUAAAGAUUUAGAUGCCUUCCUAAAUUGUUACAAUGCUUUACCAAAUCUAUGACUUCUACAUAACAAACAGUUGUCAAAUGUAAACCAUUCUAUUAUAGAUUUACCGUAGGUUUUCAACCUUUUUUAGACUUAUGCAUGCGGACAUUUUUAUAAUGUAAUUACAAUCACCACAAAGUUAGCUUUUUUAAUUACAGACAGUAAUGCAUGUCACACUAAUGUGUAGUGGCCUUCUCAAGGCCUAGUCCCAGGGAAACCAUUUUGUAGAAUACAGGGAAGAGGGAGGAAGGGGAGGAAUAAUUUUUUUAUUUAAAGUUAAUUCUGCACUAUCUUUUUUCCCCUCAAUUAUCUGCAUGAGUUAUAAUGAGAAAUAUUUUGUGACUUUAAUCGGUAAACAUGUUAACAAAACCAAGUACUUAACCUCUUACACCAUGUCUUCAGCUGUUUGUAUUUUAACCAGCAAUCUCAAUGGUCUGAAGCAUGACUCUGAGCUUCCCAUGAAUCACACAUCUCACUGUGGAACUCUGAAAGUUUGGUCACAGAAUUUUGUUGUUACUAUCACUCGGUCCCUGCAGUGCUGCAGGUGUGUGGGUACAUGCUCCUGACUGUGAAGCUGCUCUUGACCUUUGUUGUACUAAAAUACGAGAAAUAUCAAUGGUGGCAGCAAUUAGGGUCACAGAAAUCGCCAGAUAAAGGGACACCAAUGGAGAGUUCUGCAGUUUUCUUUUAAUAAAACUGAAGUAAGAUUUAGGUGGUAGGAAGAGUCUGAUACUGUUAGACCCUGAGUGGGUGUUUUGUGUGUGUGUGUGUGCAUGAGAGUGUGCGUGUGCAAGCGUGUAUGCAUGAUGGUUGUGUCCCACCCCUUUAUGUUAUAAUUGGCAAGAUUAAAAUAAAGAAGAAAUCCUAAUGUUAGCUUUUUGGAAAAUCUAGGAAAACAGAAAUUCUCCAGUCUCUCCAUCAUGAUUUACGCUUGAGUUAUUAAUGUGCCAUACUUGCUUUGGAAUCUUUGGUUAUCAAAACUUUUACUUAAAAAAAAAAAAAAAGAAAUCACUUUCAUUUGCUUUCUGGAUUUCAUACAUCUUAGAUGUAAAACAAAGCUUGAUGCCAGCAUUGUUUUCUAAACACUGUAAUUUGCAGUCAUUACACUACAGAGAAGUCGAAUGAGGAUUUUUUUCCUUGUUAACAGUUUGUUUCUGUAGAAACUUCAUUUUUAGAUUAAACUGUGAGGGAUGAGCUAUCAUAGUUCAAAUAUACAGCUCUUUUUCUACGCAUUAUUCAUUGUCAUGCAGUAGUAGUAAAGGCGUUACAGAUAUGGCUGGCUUCUGAGAUGUUCUCUAAGGGAAAUAGGCUUUUCAUUUACUGUUAAACUUUUCAUUAUGCAGCUCCUUCGAUAAUGUAGAUGUGUGCAUCCCUUACAGAUCUGAUCAAAAAUCACUUUUGAUUUUGUUGCUGAAGUUAAAUAUCGUUAGUAGGUAGAGUACUGGGUAUAAGUGGUCCAAAGUGAGGCAGAAGAAUACUAAAGUCAAAUGCUAAGUCCUAAAAGAAACUGGUUUAUGCACUAAACGUUUUGUGCCUUGGUCUAAUACUUAACACAAUGUCUGUGUAAAAUGAUAAAAAAAAAAAAGAACCAGUGUUGAUUCAUGCUAUAUCGCUAUAUCCUCCAUAAUAUUGCAUUAUCCACAUGGCUAAACGUGUUCCUUCCUAGAAGCUUAUUGAACUAUUCUAUGCGUUCAUUGUCACACACGACAGUCUUGCCAUUAUUAGAGAUUUCGGUGAUUAAAAUGGGAAACAGAAGCUUAGGUUGUUUUCCCACAACCGUCCCUUGGAACCAUAUGAUGAUGAUGGGUUUUUGCUUUUGUGUGUUGAAUGUCUUCAGCUGAGUGCAGUUUAGGGAUGCUUUCUAGCUACAGGAAAGCACUGCUCUCCUCAACACUGUGAUCUGCCCUGCGACAACCCUGUACAACACACUCUGUGAAUGGCUAGCAAGUCAAUAGCAAACAAACUGAAUGUAUAACCCUUAGUGCUGGUGCUGAAGUCUCUAAAGAAUAGUUGUCAUGACCUCAGAGUUCAUUUAAAAAUUUACAAGCAUAACGUGUCCAUCAGAACUAAAGAUGAAACACUGAUGAAUGUAGAAUCCUCAUGCUGCAGGUGUGUUUCCUAUUUAGGUUUUUCAGUUCUCUGCUGUUUUUACCAUAACUGUUUGAUUUAAAUUUCCUACACACUAACUUCAUUUGUGCGAUUGAAAUAAAAUCUCAGUAUAUACAUCUUU